CGCACACUACGAGGUACCUGUGACUGGCCUUUGGUUUACCAUCCGUUACUCGACGACAAUUCAGUAAUGAUAUGAAUCUCCGACUACAUCCCUCGCACUCGCUGGAGAGAGGUAACAAAUAUGGACCCAUCAAACAUUUCCGAAGGGGCUGCCGGUGCCCCCGCUGCUGCUCUUGUUACUCCUACAGUUGGUGAAAAACAGCAUGACGUAUCUGCCCCAAUUACUACUUCUGCUACUACUACUACUAUUACUACAAAUACUACGCAAACAAAUCCUAGGCCAAAGCGCUCCAGGACGGGCUGUUUAACCUGUCGAACACGGCGACGAAAGUGCGACGAAGCUAAGCCAACAUGCCAGAAUUGCGUUGGAAAAGGCCUCGAGUGCAAGUACCCAGCCACCUUCCAGUUCUUAGGCAAGAACAACUACACGCCCGAGGUUGCUACAAAUGUGAAGUACACUAAUCUCAGGUUCUUACCAGUGGACAGCGACAGUAAAGCGCACGCGGAGCCUGGGACUGAAGAAGCGCUCGCGACAACAACAUCACCAUCAGACAAGGUACAAACAUCACCUCUGAGUACCGCAACAUAUGAACAGCUGCCUCACGAGCAAAGCGUGGGCAGCAAUAGCCACGUAGAGCCCAAGCAGGAGCACGUCAAGCCGAAUGAAAGCAGCACCGGACGGACAUCGUCAGACAACUAUGAAUUCGCUCUCCACGGCUUGAUUGCCUUGGGCACCUCGCACGAACCCAUUCCAGGCGAGCAGAUCCAGUUCUCGCCCGAGAUGUCGGUUACGGAUCAUCGGGCAAGUUUAUCCCGGGAGGAUACGACCCCAACGUUUGGGCAGCAACUGCACGAGGUCUUCACGAAUGAGGGGCGACAAGAUGUUGGCGGGACAUCACAGUCAUGGCAGCUUACCGACCACCCUGAAGCAUCCGAGCAGCAAGAGCUGAGCCAGGAGCGAGUUCUUGAAUUAUUGAAGCAUUAUCGUUAUGAGAUUGCACCAUGGCUAGACAUGGGCGAUACGCAUCAGAGCUUUGGAUGCGAGGCUUUGCAGCUUUCUACAGACACCGUUGCAAUCCGCUACGGACUUCUCGCACUUGCAGAUACUUCACUGUCCAUCCAACAACCGUACAACAGAGAAGAAGGGGCGCUGGACGUCUCUCUGAUCGCCGACAUUCUCCAACAGCGAGAAUGUGAACAGGGUACACUUACAUGUGCCCUUGCCAAAAUGCUGGGGAUCACAAGACACGCAAUAGCAGACUUGGACAAAUUUUGGAUGCGCGAAGAGCAUAGCCUUAAUGGACAAGGAAUCGAGGAGAUGCUUUUGCCUCAUCUCGAGACCAGUCCGCUAGCGUCAUCAGUGUAUUGGCUAUUGGCUAGGCUACAAUUGAGCAUCGCACUUGCGGGGACAUCUACUGGAGCAACGCUGCCCACAUUCGCGCCAACCACAUCUCUUAGCCGUAAUUAUGCAGGAAAUGAGGAUCUUGUUCUGCAGGUAUCUCGUGAUGCGAUAGCUGUCUGCUUAGAGGCCUGCGUCUUUUGUAACGAAGACGACGACAAGCGCAUCGAGCGCCGCUACGGUCGAAAUCGUGUAGAAGCAUGGACAAAUCUCGUCCAGUCGCUUGAGCAAUCAUACAACAACCGACCGCGCGAGUUUCGACCUAUUGUCGAACUGUAUCCUCGUGAUGGCAGACACAGCGACGACGAGUUCCCUACAAUCGUAUUUACGAACGGUGCGGCGAUCCUUGCCAAUCAGUUGUACCACACUGGUAUGCUUCUGUUAUUACAGAACAAACCGAGGUUUUCCACGCAGCGAAGCUCAAGUUCUCCGUUCAUGUCCAUAUUGUGGCACGCUCGGAGAGUUUGUGGCAUCGCUACAAACAAUGACAGGCGAGAAUGUUGGGAUCCUUGCCUUUUGGCAUCGUUCCUUGCGGCUGCACGCACGGCAACGCACCGAAGCCAACACACAGCCAUCGUAACCGCGAUUGGAGGGAUGGAUCGCUUGACUUCGUGGAAAAUCCCGCGGCACCUAAAUGCCUUGCAAGAGGAGUGGCGUUUGGCGGAGGGAUGGUGA